CCCUGCUCAUGAAUGAUGGAUGUCCCCACCAGUCCUGAUGGAGAAAGAGAGCGAAGCUGGAUGACAGCUGGGGUGCUGUGUGUGCAUGGUGCAGAACAAGGAGGCAUAAACCGGGCCGGGGCGGCGGUGCCGACUUUCUUGCGGACCCCCCCAAUGCUCCAGCCCCACCUGGACAUGAAGCCCUUCCUUCAGUUCCCCAUGGAGACCCCCCCUCCUCCACACAGCAUGAGCCUCUUCCACAACUUCAACACGAUGGACCCGGUGCAGAAGGCCGUGAUCAACCAUACCUUUGGAGUUCCACUGAUCAAGACCAAGCGGCCAGUCAUCUCAUGUAACGUCUGCCAGAUCCGCUUCAACUCAGAGAGCCAGGCAGAAGCCCAUUACAAAGGAAACCGCCAUGCCAGGAGAAUCAAAGGCAUCGAGACCUCUAAGAGUCGUCCUCAGGAGGGGGACAAGAAUCAUACUGUUCCCCCCACCUCCUCCCCAUCUCCGCCCGGAGCCACUGCUACUGCCCCAGACAGUGAGCCCAGCAAAGCGGAUGAAACACGGCCUCUGUCACAGUUAAACGUGCCCCUGCUGGCACCGGGGCCCCUUCCUCUUACUACCCCACCUACCCCGCCCAUGGACUCCCCCGUGCCCUCAGUGUGCCCCCUCCUGCCCACCCCCACUACUCCCCUGAUCCCCCGUUCCUCCUCCUCCCCAGGCUGUGGCAGUGGCAGCGCAAGCUCAGAGCAGCCCGGAUCUGGACCCCCGGUUUCAGGAGCCACCGGCUCAAACAGCCCGUCCAAUCCAGAGACAGAGGAGGACAAGGCCAAGAAGCUGCUGUACUGCUCACUCUGCAAGGUGGCUGUCAAUUCCUUGUCACAGCUGGAGGCCCACAACAAAGGUACCAAACACAAAACUAUCCUGGAGGCACGGAGCGGGCUGGGCCCCAUCAAGGCGUAUCCUCGCCUGGGCCCCAAGCCCAGUGGAGAGCAGGGAGGGGGGCCAGUGGACCCCAACACUCAGGAACGAACCUUCCACUGUGAGAUCUGCAAUGUGCGGGUCAACUCUGAACUGCAACUCAAACAGCACAUAUCAAGUCGAAGGCACCGGGACGGCAUGGCGGGCAAGCCUAACCCCCUCCUUAGCCGACACAAGAAGCACAGGGGAGCUGAUCUGACGUCUUCUUUGACCUUCUCCAAGGAUCUCACCAAAGCUUUGAGUGCAGGGCUCUUGCCCAGCCCCUUGGCUGUUGCUGCAGCAAUGGCCGCUGCAGCUUCCUCAAACCCGCUGGCUCUCCGUGCAGCAGCUCCUUCGCACCACCCGCACCAUCACCUAUUGCAAGGCCCGCCUCUCAGCCACGCCAUCCUGAGACCCGCCCCCGGGCCCAUCCGCACCACCCACGGGCCAAUCCUCUUCUCCCCUUACUGACACAUCACCCUCUGACUUCGGCCAGUCAGGAACAGCCACUCCAAAAGCACACUGUGAAGAUACAAAUAUGAUCAACAAACAACAAUUGAUAGGGGGAAAAAAAUCCAACCAUUUAAAUAUUGAACUGAGAGAAAAGCGAAGGAAAGGAGCAGCGGAAAGAUGUAGAAGUAUGUCUCUCUUUCUUCCCUUUACCUGAAACUCUCUCUCCAUUUCGAAGACUUAUGAGUGAUCCGCAGAUGGAAUGAGCAGAGGAGAGAUUUUCAUUAUGCAUUGAACUCCCUUGUACAUCUCUCACCUCCCCUGGCCCCUCUCCCUUGCACUGUGGCCCUGUCAUGGCCACCUCGAUAGCUACAGAAGAAACACAUGCAGACCUUUCUAGAAACAUUAAACCACAUGUAGUGUUACAUAAUUAUUCUGGGCCAGGUUGGUUUUCUCCUGUCAUCACGGCUCAACGUGUUCUUCUCAUCCUAUGCACCUCAAAAACCAAGACAAUAAUGUCAUGUCAGUAGGGUAGCUGCUUCCAUCGGUCUUUGCUGUAUGCGCCACAUGUAGCUGUGGCGGCCUCCAUGGUACUGUACAUGUCCCCUUCUGCGCCGGAGGCCAGCAACUCUUCAGUUUGUGACACUAGGUCCUCGCUAGAAACAACAUGACUUCGGCUGACAGGCAGGUGGUAGCUGCAUCUGAACAUGUCUGAUGGUUGGGGGGAUAAGAGAGCAGAAAAGUGACUGUGGGGGAUUGCAUUCUCCUGUCAUUUCCUGAGAGGGUGAGGUGAGAGGAGGGCUGGCACGGGUCAGUGGAUGGAUUGACCCCCAGCAGUAUGCAGACACACACAGGCUCUAACAGAUCUAUGUUUUAAAAUAGACUGUACCAACAAAAUUCGCUACAGGGCAAAUCUGCCAACCUCCAUAAGAGUCAGAGAAGGGCCUCACUAAAGGGGAGAAAGGGUGGGAGAAACAGCAGAAGUCACACAUUGGUACAUACUGUACUGCUGUAUUUAAUAUAUGAUCCCUACCUUAGCUUAGAUUGCGUUUGAUGGCAAGAAUCUGUUCUUUUACUUACAGUAAUGAGACACACUGUGUUGGAGAGAGCAUAGUUCAUGUAUAUUUGGUGAGACUUCUGUUCACAUUAAGCCUUCACAAAGAAGGUUAUCAUCAUCCUCACAUCUUCCCGGUUUUCAUUUACAGGCUGAUUCACUGUGUAGGUGGGGAGGUAUGACUUAGGCGCGACCCUGUGUACUGAUGUAUUUAUGUCAUUUCUGCAUGCAGCCUAGCAAUAAGAUCCUACAGGGUCAGGCUUCUACAUCAUUGGGUUGAACUCUUCCAUUACUGCCCUAUCCUCCUCCUCCUCACCUCCCCAUCUCCAAAGGUUCAUAUGAGUCUAUAGUAGAGGGCACAUCGACACUGGCAACCAUAAUGGUCAAAGGGAACAAAUUAUAGAGAGAAAGAUGAAAGCCAAAUACAUUCUUCGACAAAUGAUCUUGAGCUGGAGUGACAACCGAGCACGAAGCCCAGCAAGGCCGCCCAGCUCAAGGCAUCUAUCAAUACUUCCUGUCUUACAAUUGAAAGCCAUGAAACACACCAUGAUUUGUUUUCUUUUACAAAGACUGGUGAGCACUUUGUUUUGUUUGGUUUGGACUGUUGGUUUGCAUUUAUAUCACACAUAAAAAAGAGCGACAUAGAAAACACAAUAAAAUUAUUUUUGUAGGUAGGAAAUGUUAAUAACUGCAUCCAUGAAGGGAAAAGAAGAAAGGGGUGGAAUUAUUGGAUGGUGGAUUAUAUAAGUGUUGACUCAGACAGACUGACAUACAGGCAUAGCAACUGACUCAGCAGGGCGCCACAAAAGCUAGCUAAGCAGCAGUAGACAACCUAUUUUGCUCGACAGCUUGAAACUAUCACCCUUUUCUGAACGAGAUGUACACUGUGCCCUUUCAUUGAGAAGCAAUGAGCUCUAAUGUCUUACCUUUGUCUGAAUAUUGCAAUGCAAUGAGCAAUUUUUAUCAGAGUGACUUGUUAUCAUUGUGACAUGUUGUGACAUGUUGUCUGGAGUCAUGUGAAAACUGGGAGCACGCCAGCUGACAGACUUUUCUGUUCUUCCAUGUGGAGUAUAAGCCCUCAAAAGGGAUUGAGAGAGAGACAGAGAGAGGCAGAGGUGUAGCUGGGCUUAGGGACCGACCCUUCAUAUUAAAGGGCCUUUUUACUACGGUAAUCUCUGCUUGGGGAACAGGGUACAACGCCCGGUAUCAUGGGAUUAAAGCUAGAUUUGUUCAACAGGCUUAUUUUUUACAUGGAUUUACUGAGUUGAAUUAUUUUAUUUCUGUGUGUGUGAGAAAUGUGUUUAAGUGAAAAUCCUGAGGAACAUUAUCAAUGCCAUUACUUAAAGAAGAAGCUGGCUUGGUGUCAGCUUCCACCGUUGUGCUCUUUUUGUUGCUGAACGAAACCUUCUUUGCAGAGUUCAUUUUGUGAGUGAGAUACUAUUCCAGGAUCCGUGCUCUCUUUCCUGCUGGUGUGUGUGUACCAUGUGUAUUCUAGUGUGUGUUGGGACCUGCUCUCUCCCCACUUCCCACCAAUCAGAGACAGAGGCAACCUGGAACUAUAAAGUGGCCUAACACAAUAAUGGAGACAAAAACCUGCACGUUUGGUUUGGGAAGAUUGAUCAAUCAUCCUGGAUUCUAUUAGAGAUUUGAUCAAUGACCCAACCUAAGUGAAGUACUGCAAUCUUGUCCAGGUUAAGUCAGUCAAGUAGCAGCACCACAGAUAUGUUCGUACUGUCCUUCAUAUGUUCAUACUGUGGUAAUUUCCACUCACUCAUCCUCAUUAUUCACAUAUGGGAAAUAAAUGUUAGAUUCCUAUUUUCUGGGCAGGUAUUUCAUGUUAGCUGUGUUUAGGCUACUAGCCUUAGCCUUAUUCUGCCCUCAGCCUCUCACAGAACAGAGAGAGAGAUGGAGAGGCUAUGGUGUAAUUUUGUCUUGCCAAUAAAGUUAUUUUUGAAUUUCAUUGUCAGAGGGGACAAAGAGUUUGUAUGGCAAAUUGUAGCAAUACCUGACUCAUUCUGGCUACUCUUGUUUAUUGCAAUAAGAAAAUUAAACAAUAAAUGUGUAUGUGAGUAAAACAUUAUAAAUGUAAUUUAAAUGAAAAAGAAACUUUAUGGUAAAUACUACUGGUAUCAAGAGAAACCAUGGUGGGAAAAAAGUAAAUGUCAAUAAAUCAUUAAAUGAAA